UGGUUAUGAUACCGCGGAAACAAUAAAUAAUAUUGCAGGGAAAUACCAUGUGCCGAGUCGGUGAAGCCAUGGGGUUUAUUACAUGUCAUGCCUGCAGCCUUCGCACACUGCACCCUACGUAACAAGGUCACAAUGUUUGACAUGAUAGGUCGUCUAAAACAUGAUCUUGCGGUCAACAUUGGUAUAAAGGACAUGCUCCUUUCGAUGGGGUGAUUUCCAGAGCAAGUGAAACUUGUGAUACUAUCUUGACUGAAAUACCUUGACUACUAGUGUAUUCAUAUUCCCCAUCCGUCCUCAUCAAGCGGCCAUCUUUGCCAUGUCUCCUCAACCAGACUUGGAUACAUCAAUUGAAGACAGGAGGAUAUAUGGUUUUGGUCCAGACUAUCGCCUGCCUUAUUCAUGUCCUUGCUGUCUCGGGACUUCACGACUGGUGAAGCAGUGCGAGCCCUGUGAUGGCACAGGGUUGGUGUGGGACUCUCAUUCAGAUAGCGCUUACGAAGGUCAGGAUGGGAGACAGACGGCCCCUGGCGGACCAUCUACAGGGAACUCUUCUCUAUCAUCCUGCGGUCAAAGGGGUUGAAGGCUCCCUGGGACAGCUUCUCCUUCUGGCACCACCUAAUAUAGUAUAGACGGAGCAAGAUAUCGGCACAGAGGUAACGGGGCAUGGAGCAAUAACCUUCUAAGUCUUGCGAGGUUUGGUAUUACGGUUACGACCUGUCUGUUGUAGAUACAUAAUAAAAAGUUUCCAGC